ACCCAUUCGGAGCAAACGCUAGUCUCGAUACAAGACGCUCCCUUUCUAUUUCCGUGACGACGUGGCGACUACAGCGCAAUUUUUAGCAACAGCUACCAUACAACAUGGCAACCAAACUAGUCCAAUGGCUCACAGUCUUUUUUCUUGUUGCCAGUAUUUGGAGUGCCCUGUUGUUUGACCUCAUCCCAAUUCGGUUGGAUGAUACAUUAAAAGAAGUCAUAUGGCCGUUCCCAGCGUAUUUUCUUGUAGUAUUUGGGUGCUUUUCCCUUGGAACCAUUGGAUAUCGAGUUGCUACUUUUAAUGAUUGCGAAGAUGCCGUAGUUUCACUUAAAGAGGAACUCGAAGAAGCAAGGAAAGAUCUGGCCAGCAAAGGAUUUACAUUCUCAUGACACGGUGGAAUGUAUAGACUCUAGAAAUAAUUGAAACAUCUCAACAGCCGUAUUUACUUUAUAAAGCAAUUGAUUUAAACCUAAAUAUGAUAAUUGCCACUGUGUCACUGAUACUCUUGUGUUUGUACUCCAGUUUUCAUUCCAUGCUUUUGGCUGUAAAUUUGUAAUGGUUGGAAAUCAUGAAUACAGAAUGGUCUUUAUAUUCAAACUCAUCAGGAGAUAUGUGCACCAAGUAUCAGGAACCCAUCAAGUUGCUGGCGGCAACAAGAGGAAUGAUUGCCCAGAGGAUUUAAUAUGAUGGUAUCCACAAGUGGAAGUUUGCUCAGUGUAGUUUGCUUCAUUAUAGCAAGUUUAGCAAGCAAGCCUUCAAUGAUCAUCUGUUUAUUUAUUUGGAUAGAUUAGGCCGUACUAUGAUCUCAUACUAAAGGGAAAUCCAACCUUAAUAACAAACUGAUAUAAUAGAAAGCAGAUAAACCACAGAAGCACACUGGUGAAAGUUUGAAAUGAAAUUGGACAUAAGAUAAGAAAGUUGUGAAUUGUAUUAUUUAAUAUUUAUAUGUUGUGUAGUGCCCAAAAGGAGAAAUUUUAUUUUUGUAAACAACAAUGGGAGAUUGAUCCAUACAAAUGUCACAAUAUAGUGCCCAAAUUGCCAAUUUUAGAUUCGUAUACAUACAGUGACCUAAUGAUUCACACUUGUAUAACUUUCUUAUUAGCAUAUUUGUUUCAUAUAUGAAUAUUUAUGUGGGGAAGGGGUUUGUCUUGUUAUUUCUCUUUAUAUAAGCCUCAAUCUUGCUAUAGUUGCACUAUAGUUGGUGAGGAGCCUGCUUGCUUUAAACCAGGGCCCGUCUUAUAAAGAGUUGAGAUUGAUCAUUCUCAAGACCUCCAAUCAAUUGCAAGUUCACAGUCUCCUAUCUCUUCUGUACAUAACUAAUGAUAAAACUAUACAUCUCAGACAUUCACCAAAAGUCUCAAAUUCACAGACAUCCCAUUGACAUUCAAUAGGAUUUCUAAGAACUUAAACAAUGGUUUCAUAAAACAUGGCCCUGUUGUGUUCAUGCCGUUCUGCUUGUUUGUACUGCUUGUGUCAUUUUAACUGUACCGGUAAUUGCUAUUAGAUUUAUGCCAAAGUGGUUUCUAGAAAGAUAUGACAUAUACUGUAUAUUAAUGGUAAUAGAAUUUCUUCCAUAUUUGUCUGUAUAAUGUGCUUCUUUUUAGGGUUGCCGAAUCAUCUUUUGUGUGUAUAUAAACCGACUUGUAUUUCAAACUGUAGGUCAAAAUAAAACUGACUAGAAUUACAAAUAAAUAUGGA